GGAGGAAGUGAAGACCCAGAAGACUGUAUUGAUCGAGGAAUAAAUGAUUUUCCUAGUGGAUUGUUUACACAUGAUCAACGGUUGCAUGGUGCCAUAGUGCUACAUUUCCUUUGCGCUCUCUACUGCUUUGUAUUACUGGCAUACGUAUGCAAUGACUAUUUUCUACCAUCUGUUGAAUGCAUUUGUGUAGAUCUGAAUCUCUCUCAAGAUGUUGCUGGUGCAACUUUCAUGGCAAUGGCCACAUCCACUCCUGAAUUGUUUGUCAACAUCAUUGGAACAUUUAUCACUGAAUCAGAUUUAGGAGUAGGUGCUGUAGUGGGAUCGGCUGUAUUCAAUACAUUUGGUGUUGCUGCAGCUAGUGGUUUAGCAACGAUA